UUAAUCGAUAAACAAGUUCCCGGAGCACUACUUAUCCAAUCAGAGAGGAGUUUGUUACAAGUUGACGCGCAUGCUUUGUAGAAAAAUAAUUCAUGCGUUCUAACGUUGGCUCUGUUGGAGGUCAUAGACAGAACUGACAAAACAGUAGGGCCGCAGACAUGGCGAAACUAUUUGAAUCCAUCGGGAAGUUGGGGCUGGCCCUCGCCGUUGGUGGAGGUGUUGUGAACUCCGCCCUCUUCAAUGUUGACGCAGGUCAUCGGGCAGUUAUAUUUGACAGGUUCCGGGGAGUGCAAGACGCCGUAGUUGGCGAGGGAACCCACUUCCUCAUUCCCUGGGUACAGAAGCCUAUCAUCUUUGACUGUCGUUCUCGUCCACGCAACGUGCCUGUCAUCACAGGCAGCAAAGAUCUGCAGAAUGUAAACAUCACACUGCGCAUCCUCUUCCGGCCAGUGACUAGCCAGCUCCCACGCAUCUUCACCAGCAUCGGCGAGGACUACGACGAGAGGGUACUGCCGUCCAUCACCACAGAGGUCCUCAAGUCCGUGGUGGCCCGGUUUGAUGCCGGUGAGCUCAUCACCCAGAGAGAGCUGGUGUCUCGGCAGGUCAGUGACGACCUGACAGAAAGAGCCAACACCUUCGGCCUCAUCCUGGAUGACGUCUCACUGACACACUUGACGUUCGGUAAGGAGUUCACAGAGGCUGUUGAGAUGAAGCAGGUGGCUCAGCAGGAGGCCGAGAGGGCCAGGUUUGUCGUGGAGAAGGCCGAGCAACAGAAACAGGCAGCCAUCAUCUCAGCGGAGGGUGACUCUCAGGCCGCCCUGCUCAUUGCUAACUCCCUGCAGGAGGCUGGAGAUGGCCUGGUAGAGCUGCGUAAGCUGGAGGCUGCCGAGGACAUCGCCUUCCAGCUGUCCCGCUCCCGCAACAUCACCUACCUGCCUGCCGGCCAGGGCACACUCCUCCAGCUGCCCCAGUGAGACCCACACACCCUGACCUAACCGCCCCUCCCUGUGACCAGCCAAUGCAUGGGCCAUGGAGGGGGUGAGGGAACGGGUGUCCACCUUCACACACUCUCCUCCGACUAACUAUGGACUGGUGAAAUAAUGGCGGAUUGAGAGUGUGGAAAGGUCCAUGAUAAGGUUCUGAAGUCUGGGCAGUGUGUGGGGAAGAGGGAGCCUUAGGAUUGAUCUAUGGUAAACUACAUAUAGUAAGUCAAUUUACUGCAUCACUGAUUUUGUAUUUACCUUGGCAUUGUCUGGCAAAUUCAGCGCAGUGACAGAGUCCUGUGAUAUGAAGAAGUUGUAAUUGUGUUAAUUUAGGGGAAGAGCUGUUUGGAAUGUCAUGAGAAGGAUGGAACAUUUUAGCACUAUUAUAACCACCACAGCAAUCACAAUACUGGGGAUUUAUUGCUCUGAGAGGACAAGCAAUUUAAUCAACUGGAUUUACAUUCAUCUUAGCCAAGCACAAACUUCCAUGGGUGAAUAAGAUGCUGCUAUACACCAAAGUAGUGUAGGAUCCAAAGCACCCUUGUUUUUCCACUCAUAACUUUAAAUUACAUCGUACAAAUGAUCUGAACUAAUCUACCCAGAGCCGUAUAUUAUAAAUAUUACUCUGAAUCUACCAUCCCUUUGACUUAGUCUAUUGUGUCGAUGGCCUGUCAAAUGUCCUCUCACAGCUAGCUUUCCUAAAAUCCUCCCAGUUUGAUUGCCAUGGAGUCCCAGUGCUGCACUCCCCUCUACUUGAUUGGAUCCUCUACAGAAUCAUCUUUGGUUUACUAGCAUGCUGUCCACACCACCUCAUCCAUGGUCCUCAGUGACAUGUCCCUUCUAGCCCAGUGGUAUGAAACGUGCCUGGAAGAUGGUCAAGUGUCGCAACCUUCCCUGAUUCUUUAAAGUUUGUCGCUGUGUCUUAUUUUGGAGGGAGGAUAUGCAAGUCCCCGCAUUCCACUCAAUAUGUCUCAACUUAACAAUAAAAUUGUCCUAUUUCUACAGCA